AGGUGGGGAGCGUGGGCAGAUGGCCCAGCGCUCUUGCCCCUUGCGCUCGCCGGGGCCGGUGCCGGCGCCAGGUCCUGGGGCUCCUCUGCAUCCGGGAGGUGGGGGUGGGGCGGGAGGCCUUACCCCUAUCGAGGCUACUAGGGAGGAGGUUAUAGCUUUUGGAGGCAUCCCGGAUCCUGUUUCUGAGGGGCGGCGGAUGAGCUGUCGCAUCCAGGACCAACCUGAUGUUGAUGACAUGCAGCUGAGGUGCACCAGGCGGGCGGCCAAGCUUCGUGAUAUUGAGGUCACAACUGGUUAUCUUCCGAGCCACUGCGCUGAUCCGUAUGUGGUCGUUACUCACUCCGACGGAGGCCAGGGAGCGUUUGGUUACCGGAUCUAUCCGAUGGGAGAUGGUAGCAUGGGAUAUUUUCAGCCGGUUUGGAUGGCGGUCAUGUAAUAGGAUAGGCAAUUAGUUUUCCUAUCUUUAUUUUGCCAGCCGGUUGUGGCUUUCAUAUUUUGUUCUUUUUCUCUUUGUGAGCAGCUUUUGUUCGAGACCUUAAGACUUUUGUUGAACCUAUUUGCUUGCUAAUAAAGGUGGCCGUAUGCAUCACUCUGAUGGGGCCGGGGAUUUCCCCCUUUUAAAAAAAAUAAAAAAAGGAAUUAAUGUUCAGUGUCGAAUUAAUGUUCAGUUUCGAAUUAAUGUUGAUUUUUCAACAGUACAAUGAAGUGAUCUUUUUCUUAGAAUGCUUCUAGCAAGAAAAUAGCAAUUGUAGAGCAAGCAUAGAGAAAUACUACUGCUAGUUGAAGGAUAGAACUACAUAAUAAAUCAAGCAAGACCUGGUUGAUAUGACCCAUAUUAUCGAUUUUAGUAAACUUCAUGUUGGUAGAGGCAGUAAACCUGAGUGUGCAAGUCAUCUGCUAUAAUGAAGACAUCAAAUGUGGCAAUGCAACAGUAAAAACAUUUUUCGGUGAGAUGGAACGUGUCUUACAUUCUAGAAUACGAAUCAAGCUCAAAUGAUUCUGUUCGUCUUGUCUCAUGUCAACAACACAUUGCAAAAUCUAAGAAUGACUAGUAAGGUGCCCGUGCGUUGCACGCAACACCGAAAUGCAUUGAUCCGGGUCAUCUCAUGUUUAAGAAAUAUCGAUAGGUUUCUUCGGAUAUUCAUUCUUCUCUAGAGCUCACAAGCAUACGGGUGAAUAGUAAAUGUAGGAAAAUAGAUAAAAAAA